AUGGAAAACUCGUCAGAGACCAGCUUCCCCGAGGGUAAUUUCUCGUCAGAGAACCCACAAGUUGGUGGCUUAAGCCAAUCAUCCACAGCCUCAAACAGUUACCCUGAACCUUUCGUCGUUGAACCAAUAGCCAGUUCUCACACUCACACUAUUAUACUCCUCCACGGCCGUGGCAGUAACGGCCCCAAAUUCGGUACCGAACUCAUAGCCUCAAAUACCUCAACCGGAAAAACUCUCCCAGUAUUAUUCCCAUCCACAAAAUGGAUCUUCCCAACAGCGAAGAAACGACGCGCCGUUUUAUUUAAACGGAUGCCUAUAAACCAGUGGUUCGACAUCUAUGACAUCAACAAUCAAACUUAUCGGGAACAUCUACAAGUUGACGGCUUGCAGGAAACAACGGACUAUCUGCAUGGCUUGAUUGAGCAGGAGAUUAGAAAUGGGAUUCCAGUGGAGAGGAUUGUGGUGGGCGGAUUAAGCCAAGGAUGUGCGGCGUCUUUGUAUGCCAUGCUUUGUUAUAAUAAGCGGCUUGGGGGUUAUAUCGGGAUGUGCGGGUGGCUACCAUUUGCUAAAUACAUGGAAGACUGUCUGGGGACAUCACAAAACAACGAUGAUACCGAGGAUGGUGAUAUGUUUGGAGAAUCCGAUGAUGAAGAAGGCACUACUUUUGAAAAGGAGGAACAAGAUGAUACCCAAGAGACGGUAGCCAAAAAUCCUAUCACUGAAGCUAUUGGAUUCUUGAAGGAUAACAUUUCGUUCCCAAGUUCAUCAAAGAAGAACAAGAUAGAAGUUCUCGAAACUCUAAUGUUCCUUGGUCAUGGGGUACUAGAUGAAAAGGUUCUAUUUCGACUUGGUGAACAAGCCAGAGAUGUACUAAUGGGACUAGGGUGCAAAAUUACAUGGAAGGCAUAUGACGAUCUGGGACACUGGUAUAAAGUCCCAGACGAAAUAGACCAUAUAAGGGAUUUCCUUACGGACUCUCUAGAGCUUGAGGCGAACAGUUAG